AUAACAGUUCAGUAGUUUUAUAUUUGGCAAAUAUUUCGAUGAAAGAUAAUGUUUUAAAUAUUAUUUAUCAGCCCGUUUUCUAGAUUUGUUUGGCAUCUCUAUAUAUUUGGUCAACUUCUGUCAUUAUAAGCUAUCUUUACAAAUUCGUACGCAACCUUGAAUACCACAUAUUUUUUUGCCUUAUCGAGCGCAUGUUAAUUUUCUUAUUAAGUGCUGCUGUUCCAAACUUUUAAAUAUGCAAUUUGCUUUCAUCUCUUUCGUUGUAACUGAGAAAUUUUAAGAGAAUAACGAUCAAACACAGAGUCACAUGUCAACAUCUUCUCAGUCGUACCCAAUGAGUGGCGGCGAUGAUCAACACAGUUACAUCCAUAAUUCCUCAUACCAAGUAUGUAAUGUAAUCAUCAUAUUUUAUACGAUUGUAACUAUGAUGAUUCUGUUAUUCCUAGAAUGUAACCAUAACAUGCAAUUUUUGUGAGACUAAUCCCUAAAUAUAUCUAGUACACUGUAAUGAUUAACAUACCUUUGUGAUACAGAAAGCAGGCAUAGAUGGGGUUCAAGAAAAGGCAAGACAAUACAUUUUAGAAAACCUCGAUCUCCUUAAUAUGAAUCCCAAUCUUAGUACUUUUACAAUUGCAGAUUUUGGUUGUUCUAUUGGCCCUAACACUUUUCAUGCUGUUCAAAAUAUCAUUGAUAUUGUGAAACUUAAACACCUCAAAGAAAGCCAAGAAGAUAGUCGUGUGGCGCCUCUCGAGUUCCAAGUUUACUUCAACGAUCUACCGAACAAUGACUUUAACACGCUCUUUAGGACUCAACCUCCUUCCUCCAAACAAGAAUAUUUCUCGGUUGGAGUUCCAGGUUCUUUCUAUGGAAGGGUGUUACCAAGAAAUAGCAUCCACAUCGGAAACACUUCCUUCACGACUCACUGGCUUUCAAAAGUUCCCGAAGAAGUUUGUGACAAGAACUCUCUAGCUUGGAACAAAAAUUACAUUCAUUGUAAUAAUUUGAUAGAAGAAGUUACCGAGGCUUACAAGGUCCAGUUCGAAAAAGACAUGGGGGUCUUUCUUAAAGCUAGAGCCGAAGAACUUGUGCCUGGAGGAUUGAUGAUCACAUUAGGACAAUGUUUGCCUGAUGGUGUGGCCAUGUAUGAGACAUGGUCAGGUAUUGUGAAGGAUACCAUUGGUGAUUGUCUUCAGGAUAUGGCCACUUUGGGAGUAACCACCGAGGAAAAGAUCGAAAUGUUCAACUUGCCCGUGUAUUUUCCUCAAGUUAGUGAAUUGAAAGGAGCGAUUGAACAAAACAUAAGGUUUACAAUUGAGAUGAUGGAGAUUGUAAGCCAUCCAUUGGAGGCUGUGCAAUUAUCCAACAACUUCAUCACUUCCAUGUAUCGAGCAAUUCUCUCUACAGUUAUAGAAAGACACUUUGGAGGUAGUGUGGUAGAUGAACUAUUCCGUCAAUUUGCUAAGAAACUCUCCGAGCACCCGAUUGAUUUUGAAAAGUGUAAGAAACAAAUGGUCUAUCAUAUCGUUCUUAAACGAAAGUGAAUAUUGAGAUUAUCCAAAACUUUGUGUAUUGUUCAAAUCCAAACUGUUUCCUCCUUUGUAA